AUGACCACGCAGAAAUGGGCGCAGAGCGUUCACAUGGCACGACUGAGGAUCAUCGGAAGUAUCAGGGGGCACGAAGCAGAGGAGGGAUCCAAAGUCGAAGCCGAGAAGGCCAGUAGUGCUGGACCAGAGUCUGAAAAGCAAGAAGGCCUGGAGGCGGAAGAAGAGGUCGCCAGCGUGGUUUGA